AUUUCCCAUCUGACAAUCAUCUCGUUGACUACCAACUAAAACCAACGACAUCCCUUUUAUACCUCAACCACGUAAGAUCCAUUAGCAUCUUAUUAGCAACCCUUAGUCAAAAUGGUCAAAGCUGUCGCUGUCCUCCGUGGUGACUCCAAGGUCUCCGGCACCGUCACCUUCGAGCAGGCCUCGGAGUCGGAGCCCACCACCAUCUCAUGGGACCUCACCGGCCACGAUGCCAACGCCAAGCGUGGCUUCCACAUCCACACCUUCGGUGACAACACCAACGGCUGCACCUCAGCCGGCCCCCACUUCAACCCCCAUGGCAAGACUCACGGUGACCGUACCGCUGAUGUCCGCCACGUCGGUGACUUGGGCAACAUCGAGACCGAUGCCCAGGGUAACGCCAAGGGCUCUAUCCAAGACAGUCUUGUCAAGCUUAUUGGACCUGAGAGCAUCAUUGGUCGCACCGUAGUAACCCACGCCGGUACCGAUGACCUCGGCAAGGGAGACAACGAGGAGUCUCUCAAGACUGGCAAUGCUGGUGCCCGACCUGCUUGCGGCGUUAUUGGUAUUUCCAACUAGUUAGCAUACUAACGCUCGAAAGUAAGUCGUGAAGUAGGGGUUAGCUUUUAGGAGUAGACAGCUCGUUAGGUAGCCAAAAUUCUGAAAAAUCUUCACCCUUAGAAGCCUCAGUGUUUUGUGAAAGAAAACAGCAUAGUUGGAG